UGCCUCUUGCCCUUGGAUGCAAUAAACCCCCUUCCCUCGUUUUCCUAGGUUUUGCUCCCGUCUUUUGCAGACUUGGCUCUUGAUUGUGUCUUUUUCUUUUGCUCAGAAUAACACUGAAUCGUUAAUUUAAUUUUCUAUUGCACACUCACUUGAUCAUGAUUCUCGACAAGGAAUUAGGCGCCCUUGCGUCUCGCGCUGAGGGAAUGGGUCUCACGCGAGUGCUUCCGAGAGAAGCCAAGGAAACAUGUCGCAAUGAUCAAUACUCGGAUACCUGCGAAAAGCCCAAUAUUAGCACAGGCGAGAUCAUGCUAAUUCUCUUCAUCGCCAGCACCGUUGUAGCCCUUGGCGUCAUCUCUCUGCUAUGCUACCUCCAUCGCCGUCGCCAGCGCCUAGAUAAACUCGAAGACCCGAAGGAUUUCCAAGAACUCGACGACUAUGGCAUUGCGCCGAUUAAGCAAAAACCAGCAAAUAUGCCCCGAGCACCACCGCCGACGUAUGAACGAUCACAGGACAGGAAGGAAAUGAAUACGGCUUCGCCUGCAACUACGAAUGAGAAUUGGGGACGUCAAAGGGACUCGACUGAUUCGUUAACGCCGUCGCUUCGACAAGCGAUGGGGGUGACGCCCCGAGAUACAUUGGCCAAUCACUAGGGAGGUAUUCCACUGUGGACGGUAGGCGGUUAAGCUACUGCAGGUGUCGAUCGGUUAUGCAUAAUCGACCUGAGGUGUCGGGUGUUUCAGAGAUGCAGCUACGCGAUAGUCGCCGAAUUACAAAGGGGAUCACAAGAUUGGCAUGUCUUUACGA